CAGAUGGAACCUACCAUUUCACAGAUAGCCAGAGGAGUAUCAAAAUUUUUCUCGGCAAAUUUCUGGUUCAAAUUCGUGCUCUUAAUUGAAAAAGAAUAUAUUUCCGAUGGAUUUUAUAGUGAGCUCAAAUUACUUUCAAGUGAGAAGAAAUGGAAUAUUACUGUGUAUUUUAUUUCUUCGAGUUGGACGUGUACCAAUAUAUGCAAUUUAAUAGCAAAAGUAUUCAGGAACGAACGAAAAAUCGUGGUUUUACAUACAAAACCUGAAUUAGCAAAGGUGAUAUUUAGGUGUAGAAAUUAUGUGAUGAAUUCUAGUAUUUCCUGGUUCUUGACAGAUAAAGUGUUUACACGCAAAAGGGCUUUGUUAAAAUAUUAUCCCACUGGAGCUUUGGCUGUGACUAUCAGUGAACAAACAUAUCUAGAGGAUAUCCUUAAGGAUAGUAUCAACGUAAUUAUAGAGGCAAUAAUGAACAUACCAACAGAUAUAAGGGGUUUUUCACUGCCAGUACACCAUAACUGUAGGACAGUUUCAAGUAGUGAACAAUCAUUGGGUCUCUUUUUUUAUAGAAAAAUGUUGGAAGCUUCUAUAGAGGGUGUGUCAGGUCCAAUGCAAUUUAGUUCAGAUGGAAUAUUACAAAGAAAUACAAUUGAUGUUCGUCAUCUCGUCAGGAAAGGAAGAAAAAGUACGUGGCGUAGAAUAGGCUAUGUAAGGGGUGACGACGUAUGUCCUUUUGGUAUUCUUUGGCCGGACGAACCUAUCGAGACACAUAUUAGGAACAAUAAAAAGCAUUACAGGAUCGUUACAAACCCUGUGCAACCGUUUGUUAUAAAAAAUUCAGAAUAUGGACUCGAUUCGGAUACGGGACAGUGUGCUAUGUACACUACAUGUUUGGAGCUACCGACAAAAGACACAAUAGCUACUAUCAAAGCGCUCAGGGAUUUUGAAAAUGGAUUUGUUAACGCUACUAAUCCUUAUAAUAUUAGCUGUUGCCGAGGAUUAACAGUUGAUCUACUAGAUAAACUUGCAGAAGAUCUUAAUUUUGAAUACACUAUGUAUGUAGUUCAAGAUACAGAAUACGGAAAGAAAAUAAAUGGCUCAUGGACGGGAAUGGUAUAUGAUCUGAUGGAAGGCACAGCUCAUAUGGCCAUUGGGGCAUUCAGUAUUACUAGACCGAGAUUAGAAGUGAUCGAUUUUACAUAUCCUUAUUUCUUCUCUGGAUUCUCUGUGUUGUAUCAUGAAAAAAUAGGAUAUAGUAUUUUGCAUGCUUUUCUGGAACCUUUUCAUUCUUACGUGUGGUAUUCUAUAUUUAUUUCUGCAACUAUCAGUGGAAUUUGCUCAUCUAUAUUCGAAUGGAAUAGUCCUUUUGGACUUAAUCCGUGGGGCCGAAAACGUAAACAAAAUUAUUGUUUAGCAUCGGGAUUAACUAUGGUUUACUCUUUAUUAUUUGGUCAUACAGUUAAGACUAAGUCACCAAAAUCCUGGCCAAGCAAGGUUUUACAAAACUUUUGGGCUUGUGCGUGUAUUUUUAUCAUGGCUUCCUACACUGCCAACCUUGCCGCUUAUAUAGCCGGAAAACAUGCUGGUAUUAAUUACAAUGACCUUCAUGAUCCAAGGUUAUUGGGCAUUCGAGUUGGAACUUUGGGAGGCAGUGCUGUAGAUACAACUUUGAGUAAAUUGAACUCUAAACUAUACCAUGUCAGCCACCGACAUCUGGUGCCAAGUUCUGAUGAGGGGAUAAAAAUGCUUAUAAAUAAUGAAUUGGAUGCAUAUCUUGGUGAUAACCCAAUACUCGAUUAUGCCCGAGUAAAGUUAGACCCAAAAUGUCGACUUCGAUUGCUUUCUCAGACAUUUGGAGAAGAUGGCUACGGAAUAGGGUUGCCAAAAGGCUCACCCUUAAAGAUUCCUCUCUCAGAAAAGAUUAAAGAGUAUCAUGAAAAUGGAUAUAUAGAUGAUCUAAUCGACAUUCAUUUUAAAGACAAGCAGUGUUACAAACAGAGUAUUUCACAAGAAGAUUCAAGAUUGCAAGCCUCACAUCAUGCAGGAUUGUUUGUUAUGUUGUCAUGUGGUUUGAUUCUAAGCAUAUUAUUGCUUUUUUGUGAACAUGGAAUAUUCCGAUGGCUGGUUCCAUACUUCAGAAACGUAUCAGACACAAGUCGUUGGAAGAGUCCUCACAUGCUAUUUUUUAGCCCGAGACUGCACAGAAUAAUCACAAGCGCAGAACUUGUUUCAGCACAUGAAUCAGCAAGAGAAAUGCUCGGAAUAGUGAAAAAUAGGGAUUUUAGCAAACUUUUUAUGAAAAGCACCAUACGAAAAAACAGAUUAGCAGAGUUAGCAAAAACUAAGCGACUGAAUAGACACUUCUUAGACAUAGUGGAAAAAGCAAAAUGGAUGCAAGAAAUGAAAGUGAAUAAUUUAUUUGGAGAUGAUUCUCCAAUUUCAGCAACACCUUGUAUUACAGAAAUUUCUCUCAAGGAUUUGUGUUCACAAAUAGAUUUUGACGCGUUAAAAAGUCAAGCUUUGGACGAUUACGAAAUCACAGAGGAAAACGAAAGUGAGGAGAGUCAUGAUGAUGAUAAUGAGGACGAUGAGUCUUCGAGUGAUAAACAGUGUUCCUUCUUUUUACCCGAACCAACUAGGUCGAAUAGGUCUUCAUUGGCAAGCAAUAAAAGACUAAGUAACGCAUCAAGUACAAAAAGACUAAGUGACGCAUCAAGUACAAAAAGACUAAGUGACGCAUCAAGUGCAAAAAGAACAAGUGUCACAUCAAGUAUAAAAAGUAAGAGAACUAGUAGCGUCUGUCAAGAUGUUCCAGAAAUUCAUGUGAAUAGUGAUAAUAUCAUUAACGAGUAUAAUGAAAUGUUUCCAAAAAAACGAAAAGAACCGUCGAUUCCGAACGGAAACUUACAUUUCGCAAACAGUUAUACAAUAACAGAUUGUAGACCUAUUUACGAUGACACAAAUGAGGAAGAAACGUCACUUUUACAACAUCAUAACUUUAACAAAUCACCAUCAAUGCCUUCGAAAAAUCGAUAUCAUAAUAAAAAUACUAAGAAGCGGAAAUCCUGGCAGGAAACCAGUGUAGACGAUAUCGACAUUGCCGAUAUACAAUACGAUGAAAUAACUAAAGAUGACCUUUUGUUAAUGUGGAAGGCCUCAGAAAUGGAACUAAAUGCAAGGCUUCAAAAAGCUCUCAGGGAAAAAUCAAGGCUACAAAGACUUCUUGUCGAUCUUGAUACAUCUCAAGAACCAACUCCAGUAUAAUAUAUGCAUUCAUUCAUUUCAUUACAAAAUUACAAAAUUACAAUAUAAUUAUAUAAGAAUUCCGUUUCUAUUGGUAGUCUUAGUCAACUUUUUUUUUUUGCAAAUUUCAGAAUGUCAAAUCUUUCUCUCAUAAAAUAGUAAACAUUAUGAUAAAAUUUAUAGCACCUUUAUCAAAUACUCUUGGGCAUUUAAGUUACGGGUAAUAUUUCACAACAAAUAUAAAUGCAUAUUUCUUUUAAGUCUUGUAGUACAAUGCUCAACUUAAUCAAACAUAUAUUCGUAUAUACCUUCAUCUUAAAAUUACAAAUUGAACUUUUCAAAAAAUAGCUCAUUUAAAGGAUGCAUUUUACGACAUCAUUUUCUACAUUUGAAAAUGCCUGUACCAAGUCAGGAAUAUGACAGUUCUUGUCCAUUCGUUUUUGAUGCGUUUAGUUAUUUGAUUUUGCCAUGUGAUUAUGGACUUUCCGAAUUGAUUUUCCUCUAAGUUCAGUAUUUUUGUGAUUUUACUUUUUAAUACAUUUUUUUUAUACCUUUGGUUGAAAUAUCUGAAAUAAGCAAGAUAUGGGUUGACUGUCACCUUGGUUAAAAACAUGGAUAAACUGACUUUAGAAGUAAAAAUCAUAUUAUUGUUUACCAUAUAUCAUAUUUCAAUAACAAUCUUUUGUAUUCAGUAUUUUUAUAAAAUUCUGUGAAUGAUGUACCUCGUUAAAAACAAUUUAUAUCAUUUUAUUGAGUAGACGGCUUUUCGGUGGAGGUCUUUAUCUGCAUUUUAAAACCUGUUUCCUUCAUUUUAGUUCACUUGGGACACAUUAAUCACUCUUUGUAAAUAUUAAACAUAUGACGUAUGCAAUCUUGUAAUUAAAAAUUUCCAUGUAAGUUUCAAAAUUAAAUUUUUGUAUUGAUUACUGUGAUAUCUUCCAGAACGGUGUCCUCA